GCAACUUCAACCUUCACAGCAGUGGGUUUUCUACUCUGUUCUCCCUCUGAAAAAGAGCAGAAUUUUAUUGCCAAUAAUACGCAUUGGAUGGAGCAAUUGUAGGUGUUUUAUACAUACAGAGAACACCUGGAUAACACGUGCUGACAGAUAUCUUAAGAAUAAUCGAGAGGUGAUAUUAACGUUAACCCUUGGAGUGUUUAUGUCCUACUUCAUGUUUCUGAGACAAUCAAGCGAUAUUGAUGAGUAUCUUUCAAGGCCGAUUUGGGAAAGGGUCCCUGGUAUUGACCCAGAGACAGCUGAGCAGAUGAUGGAGAUGGAUAAGAAUCUGGGUUUGCAAGUUGAUAAAACUGGGCUGGAAGAGUAUAAACAGAGGUACUACGCAGGAAAGUUGAAAGAAAUGGAAGCAGAGAAGAAAGCUGAAGAAAGACACCGAGAGCUGCGACAAGCAGCUGGCUCCCACUUUAAUAUGCUUCAAAAUUAUGCUGAAAACCAGAAAGGGAACUGAUAUCGUGAAAGUAUAGUGUUGUAAUGCUGUGAAGUGAAAAGUUACUUCUUCGUGGGAAAUUAUCACUGACAGCAGUGCGAUGGGUUGCAUCAAGUACAUGCCUCUGUUAUCUAUUCUAGCGCUAUUUUGUGCUGAACACAAGAGAUUAUGUUGUAGGUUAAUGAAAUAUGGAUGUAAAUUUCAUGUAGCUUGGAUAUUAAAACUAUAUACUUAUUAAGUGAA